UCAAGAACAAGUUAAAUAAUGCAACGAUUGUGGUUACUAAAUAUUGGAGAGAAUUUUAUGGGUCCUGGAGAAGCAAUACGUGCGUCAAGAGUGACAGCGCGUAAAAAAUUAUUUUAUUAUUAUUUGACUCUGUUGUCACGGACCAAAUUAUUUGUAAAAUUACGGACUUGUAAAAUAAAUAUUAAAAAUCGUUAACUGUCAGUUUAUAUAUUUGUUACAAAUAAAUGCAUUGGGAAUUUGAAAAAAAUGUUGGACAUAUUUCGUGGCUUAAAAAGCCUACUCAAGAGCAAUAAUAUUCACACAGACACUUCUGUAUUUCGAUUGCACUACCGUUUCACCGUGAUAGGGCUGAUAGCAUGCUCACUUAUCGUAACGACUAGACAGUACGUGGGUAAUCCGAUAGACUGUAUACAUAGUAAGGACUUGCCUGAAGAUGUUCUCAACACUUAUUGCUGGAUUCACAGCACUUAUACAAUUGUAUCGGCAUAUAAGAAAAAAGGCGGCGUUGAAGUUGCAUUCCCAGGUGUUGAUAAUUCAAGAUUGUAUCCUGAAUCUGAGAGAAAGGAAUAUCGGUAUUACCAAUGGGUCUGCUUCAUGCUUUUUUUUCAGGCAAUAUUAUUUUAUACACCACGAUGGUUAUGGAAGGGAUGGGAAGGCGGUAAGAUUCACGCGUUGAUGAUGGACCUCGACAUCGGUCUCUGUUCUGAGGUGGAGAAAAAGCAAAAGAAGAAAAUGCUUCUCGAUUAUCUGUGGGAAAAUCUUCGCUACCACAACUGGUGGGCCUACCGAUAUUAUCUUUGCGAGGUGCUUGCCUUGGUGAAUGUUAUUGGCCAGAUGUUCCUGAUGAACCGUUUUUUUGACGGUGCAUUUCUCACAUUCGGCAUUGACGUUUUAAAAUUCCUCGAAUCUGAUCAAGAAGACCGGAUUGACCCGAUGAUUUUUGUCUUUCCGCGAAUGACCAAAUGUACUUUUUAUAAAUACGGAGUCAGCGGUGAAGUGGAGAGACACGACGCCGUUUGUAUUCUUCCUCUCAAUGUCGUCAAUGAGAAAAUCUACGUCUUCCUGUGGUUCUGGUUCCUAUUACUCGGAAUUCUGAGCCUAUUGACUGUUAUAUAUAGGAUUGUCAUUAUUUUUUCUCCACGUACAAGAGUUUAUUUACUAAAACUACGAUUUCAUUUGGUAAAAAAAGACGCCGUGGAGACAAUAGUACGACGUAGUAAAGUUGGUGACUGGUUUUUACUUUACAUGCUCGGGGAAAAUUUAGAUACUGUUAUUUAUCGAGAUGUAAUGCAUGACUUGGCCAACAAAUUGUCUACGAGGCAUCAUCACAAUGUCUCUACUAUCAAAGGGGAGCUACAGGAAGCUUGAUACAAGCUCUGUUUCGUUAAAACACAACUGGAUUCAUCGCCCCCGUCGUUUUUACGGGACUUACUGAGUCAAUGACUCUGAUGAUACGAUUGAAUUUAUAUAUCUUAUAGGAGAAUAAAAAAACAAAAUACCAACAAGACGAACAAGAUGAACGAGGAGUUGAAGUGAUAGAAGAAAAAAUAACAGAUAUUACAUGACCCGGAAGUAACGUAAAACGAAACGAUUCCAAAAGAAGACAAUUGGAAAAUACGAUGUAUUGAAAUCCGAGUCAAGUAUAAAAAAAGAUAAAUAACAAAAUACAUUAAAUCCACUGCCAGUAGUCUGGUAAACGAUCUAUUGACAUUUUUAUUGAGUUUGAAUUUUUACGAUCGUAAUAAACGCUAAGACAAUUAAAUAAUAAUAAAUAAUUAUUUAUUUAUUGUGUAAUAAAAAAUUUAAUAAUUAAUUAAUCAGUUGAUUAAUAAAAAAAAGUGCCAUUAAAGAGAAGGAUAUUUAAAAAUAAAAUAUCAAUUAAAUACUUAAUAAUUAUUUUUUCAUAUGAAUUAAUAAUUUAAAUGAAAAAUAAAAUCCAUUCUAGUCUUUUAUAUAUAUAUAUAUAUUUUAUUGAGUUCUAGUCAUCGAGACUUUGAUGGUUGUAGUUCAUAGUUAUGAUUACGGUUAUGUUUAUGAUUAUAUGUAAUUUAAUAUGUAUGGACACGAUAGACUUGCUGCAGAAGCUGAAAAACUUUUGCAGACAUAGUUAGCGGGAUAAUUGUUUUAAAAAUAUAUAUAAUAAAUAAUAAAUAAAACAAAAAAAGAUAAAGAUCAAUAAGGGAUUGAGAAAAGAUAAAAAUAAAAUAAAGUUUAAUGAAUAUGAAAAAGACAAGCUAAAACUUUGAGAUAAUAGAAUAUUAUGACCGCGAAUUAAGAUUCUCAACAUGAUUAUUGUAAUUAUUGUAAUUGUUUCUUCGAUAACUUUUAGUUAUUUUUUAUUUGUAAAUCCAAUGGUAAGGAGGACCAAAGAUAAUGAUUUUAAAAACUUAAUAAUAAUAAUUAAAUAAAAAAAAAAGAAAUUUAAAUGCAAAUAAAAUAUACUAAGUACUACAGCUGUUACUUGUAGUGUUGAACUAGUCACUGGAUACCGGUUUUUAAAAUUAAUGAAUGUUUUUAUUAAUAAUUUAAUUAUUGUUAUUAUCACUUGUUUUGUACAUAUUAAGGAUUAUAAAUUUUAUUUUUAAUUAUUUACAGAAAAUUUUAUUAUUAACGAGGGGUCAGGGUCUGAAGCGUGAAAAAAAAUACUGCGAAUUUUUUGCAGAUAUAUGGAUAGAGUAAAUUAAUUUAAAACUUUUGUACAUUGUUAAGUGCCAUUUCAAGAACAUUCCCUAAAAUUUUCACGCGAAACAUCCAGAAACAAGCCGGUGACAAAGCUCUCCCAAGAACGCCUUUGAAAAAAGAUGAUUUGCGGUGAUCACUGUAUCUCAGCUAAAAAUUAUCUGAACUCGAGUAUUCUUAAAAUUUAGUUAAAGUAUCAUCAAAUCCGCCCCCAAUGAUCUCUGAUAAUUUUUUUUUAAUUCCUACUUUUGGUGGUCAUGUAAAGUGAAAAGUGCUAUUUUUCACGAAAAAUUUCGCCAUUUUAGGGGUAGAAAACCUCUUUACUGUAAAAAAGAAAUCUCAAACUCAAUGUUAGGGGGAGGUGUUCAUAUGUAAAAAGUGCGUACGAAGUUUAAAAUAAGUCGGUCAUGUAGUUUUCAAAUGGCAGUGAUCACAGACUUUGAAAAGGUAGUUUCGAGGAAAAUGGUUUUGAAAUUUUAGAAGAAAAAAGUGAAAAUAAAUUUUCUUUUUUUAACUUAAGGUAGGAGGGGGCGAGAAAGUACCCAUGGAAACUUG